UCGAAUUGAUUGAAAGUCAGAAAAAUUGAAUAAAUUGGAGCAUAUGCAUAUAAUUUCUCGAACAGCUCAACAAAAUUCAAAAUGUCGAAUCAUCCGCUCCUCUUCCUACAGUAAGUCAGACAGCUGAGAGUCCUCUCCAUGGCGACUUCCGUUCUCAAUCCAACCACCAAGCGAACGACGACACAGCCUAAAUCUUCUGAGAGCGGCGACGACUCCUCCUACUCAACACGGAGGUCUGUCCCCAGGAGGUACCGGAGCUUGAGCCGUUUCUCCCACCGUAAUCCGGAUCCAGAAGUGACUCCGAUGAGAAAGGGCAAAUUCGUAAACACCGUGAGAGGUUCUGGAUUCGGUGAAAUCAGCCUCGAUGACUUAGCCGUCGAGUUUUUCGAGUCCUUCUCCAGCGAGAGCGGGAUUAGCAGCAGCGAGAGAGGACGAUCUGGCUCGAGGAAGUCCAACGACGUAGGAGUAGGAGAGGUCACGCAUUCGCAGAGGCGCGGAAGGUCUGUAUCUAGGGUUGGUUCUAGUGGUAACGGUGGCUUACGGAGGUUGGAUGCGGACACUGAAAGCUCGAGACGGCGGAGAUCGUUGUCUAGAAAUCCUUCGACGAGAGAAAUUGCCGGUAAGAGUGGUGGAUUAGAUCCGAGGAGCAGCAAUUCGAGUCGGCGAAGGUCGGUGUCUAGACAACCGCGGGAGAGGGUUAAUUCCGGGGAGAACAGUGGUAGUGUAAUUAGGGGUAGGGCAAUUGAGGCGGAUCGGGAGAAGGAGAAUUCGCGGCGGCGACGCUCGCUUUCUGUUGUCCGCCGCCGGAUUGACAAUUCCGAGAGUGAUGGAGAUCAAGUGCAGCAUUCAAGCAAUUCAAGGGACGUGAAGACAAGUGUCAUGAGUGGAAAGAGUCUAAAUGGUGGGUCUGGUAAACCUGCAGUUUCAGAUCAUAGACAGGGUCUUAGGAGGUCUCUCAACCAAAAUCCAAUCAAAUAUCAUGAUGGCUACUCUAGCCAUUCUUCUGCAGUCACAGAUGAUGAAGGAAAAGAGUCCAGCACAAGCAAGAAUGGAACUGAGAGGAUCAUUCGGACCGUAUAUGCCCAAAAUAAGGUAACACCAAAGAAAAGAGAAUCUUUGGGGAACUCUGAUUAUGGUUCCCAGCGAAAAUCCCAUGACGAUCACCAUGCUAUCUCCACAGUUACGAAAGGUUAUGCAACAAAACUGCAAGAGUCUGAGGAGCGCAAGCGAGAUUUGCUGGCUGAGAUAAUGUUGGAGGAGCAGCGUGGUAGAGAGCUCUCUAUGAACUUGAAAGAGUUGCUCACUGAAAAUAGCUCUGAAGCUGACGUAAAGCCAUCAAGGAUGCGGAAGAGGAGCAAGGACCGGAGCAGGAGGUUAUCCAUUUGUUUGACAGAUGAAGCAGAGCAAUUCAUCGAUGAAUUCAUUUCGAACAUAGAAGACACUGACUUUUCAUCAUUUGAAGAUGAGAAGAGCGAAAGUAGUUCAAGUUUUGGGUUGAUCAAAUCACAAAGCUCCCAAAGCACCACUGUUCCAAAGAGUGUUCCUGUUGAAAUGGACGGUGUUAUGCUUCCUUGGUUGCAAUGGGAACCAGACGACACUUCUGCUUCACUGACAUGCCUUAACAAGUCACCCCACACGCCAAAUGCAAAACCUUUUGUCUGGGAAUCGGAUCCAUCUCAGGAUUCAUCAAGUGGGAAAGGGACGAGCAAUGCUACCAUAAGUAGCAGAGGAAGCUGGACCCCAUAUGAGUCGGCCACAAAGACUGUGAGUCCCAUAAGAAGACUAAAGAUAGAUGUGUCGGAAUAUAUGAAGCGACCUAACAGUGCGGAUAUUCUAAAUGAAACGUGGAAGCUAAGGCACAGAAUCAGUUCGGGAAGUCUUGUGCUCUCUAGCCGCUCAUUGAUCUAAGCCUCUUAGUAACAGCAAGUAAUUGUAGUUUUUUUACGAUUUACUUAUCGUACUUUGACCACAAAGUCAACUUGUCCAUGUAUAGUAUUUUAUGGUAUUUGUUCAUGACAGAGUUAUCUGACUUUAAGCGUUUAAAGAGAGACCAGGCCUGAGCAUUUAC